AUGGCAUCAAAGUUAGAAGAGGAUCUCACCUGUCCUGUGUGCUGUGACAUCUACAAGGAUCCUGUCUUACUGACGUGUUCUCACAGUGUAUGCAAGGCCUGCCUGCAGCAGUUCUGGGAGAAGAAGGGAUCCAGAGAAUGUCCCUACUGCAGGAGGAAAUGGUCAAAAGACCAUUUUCCACCCAACAUGGCGUUAAGGAACUUGUGUGAGACCUUCCUACAGGAGAGGAGUCAGAGAGCUUCAGCAGGGUCUGAGGUGCUCUGCAGUCUGCACAGUGAGAAACUCAAGCUCUUCUGUCUAGAUGAUAAAGAAACUGUGUGCUGGGUUUGUCGAGACUCAGUGAAACACAAAAAUCACAACAUUAGACCCAUAGAUGAAGCAGCACCUGAACGCAAGGACGAGCUCAAGAUCAAACUGCAUCCCUUAAAGGAGAAACUGAAGACAUUUGAAGAAGUUAAACUCCUCUGUGAUCAAACAGCAGCGCACAUUAAGGCUCAAGUUCAUAACACAGAGAAGCAGAUCAAGGAGGAGUUUGAUAAGCUUCACCAGUUUCUACGAGAGGAAGAGGCAUCCAGGAUAUCUGCACUGAGGGAAGAAGAGGAGCAGAAGAGUCAGAUGAUGAAGGAGAAGAUUGAAAAGAUGAGCAGAGACAUCUCAUCUCUUUCAGAAUCAGUCAGAGCCAUAGAGGAGCGGAUGGAAUCUGAUGAUGUCACGUUCCUACAGAACUACAAGAGCACAGUGAAAAGAGCCCAGUGCACACUGCAGAAUCCAGAGAAGCUUUCAGGAGCUCUGAUCAAUGUGGCAAAGCACCUGGGCAACUUGAAGUUCAGAGUCUGGGAGAAA